ACAGAGCCACGAGGCUGAAACCAACAACUGGGAUGCAGGAAGAAAGUGUGAACUUCAACCUUUUCCCGGAUAAGCAGAGUUGCCACAAAUGGCCUGGGGAGCCGAUGAUGCCAGUAAAUGCUGCUUGUAGCCUUUCCACGGCGACUGUAGAGAAACGGAUCAGGGAGCAGGCGGCCUGGACCCUGCAGGAGACCCUCCAGGACAGCCUCUUCCGCUUCCAGGACUGGCUCUGGGCAGUUGAGAGGGUGGCCUCCUCCCCCAAGUCCUCACUGGUCUCCCACAACGACUCCAGAAAAGAGCUGCAAAGGUUCCGGGCCUUGCAGAAGGACGUCUCCGAGAAGGUCUGGCCUUUGGCGUCCCUGAACAGGCAGUACCACCAGCUGGUGUGGAUGGGGGGCAUCAGCCCACGUCUGAGGUCCUCCGUGCAGGAGGUGAACCGGCGCUGGGAGGAACUGCAGACACGAGCGGCUGCUGUUUCCAGAAGGCUUCAGCAUUUUGUCAAUCAAUGGGAGGAGUUUGGACAGAAGAAGGGGGACAUCCAGGUGCGGCUGAUGGAGCUGGACCUGCGGCUGACUGACGUGGAACACUUCUCCGCAGGAACGUGGCUGGAGAAAAUGCAACAGCUGCAGGCAUUCCAGCAAGACGUCCAGACCAACACGGAACACGUCGAUCACCUUGUGGUGCACGCCGAGUAUUUGAUCCAGAAGAGCCAGCCGGAGGAUGCUGAGACCCUGGAGGAAGACUUGAAGGAGCUGAUUGUCUUCCACCAGGUGGUCUUGUCAAGGGUGCUGCAGUUUCGGCAGCGCCUGGUCAGCAUGAGGCUGGUCUUCGAGGACGAGUGGGAGUCGGACCGAGAGAGCGACUCGGAGUCAGACUGCUUCACGGAAGGAUCGCUGCCCUUUCGCACGGGGCACCCUGAGUCCGCCGCCCUGAGUCCCCAGGGUCUUCUGCUCCACUCCACCCCGCAAUCCGUCCGGUGUUGCAGAGCGCCGGCUCCCAUCGGCGAUUCCUCGGCCGCAGACCUGGAGUGGGACCCCUCGGUGGACGUGGGGGGCUCCACCUCGCAGGACGAAGAUUCCUCCUAUUGCAGUGCGGUUGUGGGCCAGGAGGAGCCUCUCUGGAGAAGGAACCGUUCCCUGCGCUGGAGCUGCGGCCGAGAGGAGGAAUUUGCGGCGCAGAGCGGUUUCCCAGAGGAGGGGGAGCCCUGCAGCUGCCUGGGGGCCGAUCCAGUGGAAACAGAUGUUUGGGGUCGUUCCGCCCCCCUGGAACCAGGAGCUGGCCGGCAGCCCAGGACGGGGGUCUGCUGCCCACUCAUUGAAGCCAUGGGGUUUGAUCCCAAGCGCAUUGAGAGCUGGCUGGACCAGAACCGCCAGAACCAAAGGGGAACGCCGCCAGAGACCAAAGAGGACUCCGUAACCCCUGUGGAUGUGCUCCCACUGGCCAAGGAGCUGCAGCUCCCUCUGCAGGUUCAGGCAAGGGGGCAACAGCCCCGGAGGCAGAAGGUCCAGCGACGGUCCAGGAAAAAAGGCAAACGGAACCUCAUCACCGGCCAGGUGUGGCUGGAGAAGGAGCGACGGAUCUCCAAGAUGACAUUGCGAAAUUCCCAGUCAGCAGAAAUUAUGGUUACCAUCGAGAAAGAAUGUGACCUGCAGCUGCCCACUGAGACUUCUGCCCAGCCCCAGAAGCUCUGCAGAGCCUCCGUCCUCUGGCUGCUUCUGACCACCACCUUUGCGGUGCUGGUGUGGCUGCUGUGCCAGUCCACUUUCCUCCCCCUCUCUCAGCCCCCCUGUCUCCAGACCAACGGCUUUGCCAAAUCCUUCCACCUUAUGCUAAAAUACGAGGGCCCCCCUCCCACGUAGAGGAUGUUGGGGAACGGGGACAGUGCAAUCAACUAAACUGGAGAGUCCUGCAGGAAAAAAUGGGGCUCCUGGACCAGCUUCUUCUGGACUUUCAAGAAGUGGCCUUCCCUGGAUGGGCUGUGCCUGCAUCUGCUCGGAGACGGGUUCCAGAUCAGGAGAUCCAGAAGAUAGCUACAAUUUCAGGGAAAGAGGUUGGAUUUAAGUCUGGGGAGCCACCUUGGAGUAGUCCCCAGUGCAAAGAUGGGGCCGGUUUUUCUCAAACAAAGGUCAUGCAUGCAAAGAGGCAGGACAUCAACCUGUGGCCGUGACUGCUCAGGUGGCAUCUGCUGAUCUUUGAAGAAGCUUGUGAUGAAUGGAGCUGCAGCAACAUCUGCUCUGGACUGAAGGUUUCUCAAAAGAGAUCCAUUUUGACUUGGGGGGGGGGGGUAACUUCCAGCUUUGGAAAAUGGAUAUUUUUGUACACAGGCUACCUAUUUGUACCUUUGGCAUCCGCCAUUUUCUAAUAGAGAGAAAGGUCUAGUUGUGUGAUUGGUUGUGGCAGGUAGAAGAUGUGAGCCAGGAGAUGGCACCAAUGUCACAUUUGGCCCUCAAAAAAAGACCCCCACCUGAAAGCGAGUAUCUGAGAGACCCUGAAGAUGGCGCUUGUCAACCUUGGCAACUUUAAGAUGAGUGGACUUCAACUCCCAGAAUUCCCUGGGAACCCCCAGAAUUCUGGGAACUGAAGCGUCUUCAAGUGGAAUUGCAUGUCGACUGGGACAUUCUGGAAGAUGAAGUCCAGCUAUUUUUAAAGUUCAUUAGCAUACUGGCUGGGGAAUUCUGGGAGUUGCAGUCCACACAUUUUAAAAGUCUCCAAGCUUGAGAAACAAUUUAUUAGGGAAACUGAUUACUGUACUUUUAUUUGUCCAAAAUAUCUGUGGGAGCAAAAAGGGUAGAAGGCUUUGAGUUCACAGAUCCGGAGUGUAGAGAUCCAAUUUUUCCACCACCGAUCCAAGGAAUCCUGUUCUCCAGCUUCUCAUGUUCUGGUUCACAUGACUUUUUAGUCAAGCGCAUGAUACAAAUCUAGCCUAAAGGUUCAUUUAAUGCAGGGGUGGGGAACUACGGCCCCUUUCUGACCUGUGGACUUCAACUCCCAGAAUUCCUAAAUGGCUCAAUGCUUAAUGAAUUCCCGGCUAAGGCCACAUUUCAGCAAAAGCUGAAAUAAAUCAAGAGACAUACACCGAUUAGUGCGAUAGUGGUUUAUUUUAAAAAUAUUACUGCAUUAAACACUCAUGGCUUUCUCUCUCCAAAGUCAUAUUCACAAUUUGAAAAUAAAUUAAUAAGUACUUAAUCUGCCAGUCCUUUACCAGCCACCCCAGUUCUCUAGAUUGGAUACCAAAUGGAAAAAAAAAGCUGUCAUCAGAUGCUUCCCAAUUGAUCGCUGCAGUGCAGAUCAAUUCAGAAAUCGGAAAGGGGAAGAUAUUGGAAAGCAAUUUUGGAAGGGCGAAGAAGACCGGACACCCAUUGACUGUGUCUCUUUGGGCCCCAAAUCUCUUGGGAGGCAGGAAGGGACCAAAGCCGGGGAUGGUAAACUUAGAAGAUGCUUUGGAUGAGAUAGAAAAAGAGAUAUUUUUCGUCACGCGUCACACCCAAUAGCCAGGAAGGAUGAAACGGACGGUCCUGCUAUGCCACGUUAGUUAAUCAAUCUGGUCUCAAGGUCUCGGACGUGCAACCAGGCCACGUUGAGGGCAACACAGCUCCACUCCUGGAGCCAAAAUCCUGCCAGGAAAUACUGAGUGCCCACGACCCACGCGGGAACUUUUAAUACGGUAGCACCUCGGCAGUUCUGGCACUAAAUCUGCUUUUCGUCCCCGUUCAAGGAAGUUUCCGGAGCUGAAUUCUGCUGAAUCUGGAGUCAGAGGUUACCCUGACCCAAACACACCCUCACAUCUGUAUAAUCCAGGGAUUAGGAUCUUUCUGGCUGACUUGUGCCCCUCGUCUACAAAUGGAGGAGGGCCAGGUGUGGGCAGCCCACGGCCCAUUUCUCCCUUGCAAAAUUGGACACCCUCAGAACGGACAAGAGGCAUUUUAUCCGCCUCUCCCAAGGCCAAGCCUCCGUCUCUCCCACCCACCCUCCUGCAGACCAAGAUGGACAGAGACCACCUUCAGUCCCUGGUCAGCGUAACGGAGAGGCUCGAGUUGCAACUCAGCAGUGGACGGGGCUCUCUUCUGCUCUGGAUUCGCACUCGGACCUGACCCGACCCUCACGUGAAGAACCUGCUGUGGGCAGCUCCUGAAGUUGCUGGGAACGAACACCAGAUGUUCACCGGAUUGCAGAAAGAAAAAAAAAAAA